CCGUUUUCGUUUUAGAAUCAGAAAAAAUUAAAGAGUAAUGGAGGAGGAUUACGUCUCAACCGCCGCUAACAAGCCGUCCGAUGGAACCGGCAAGUUUCUUGGUGGCGGUCAAAUCACGGCCAACGAGGAAGCUGAAUCGCUUAAUGAGACGAAUUUCAAUGUUUCUUACAGGAAGAACUCUUCAGGGCACAAGCUUAAAGAAGAAGUGACUUGUAAAGAUAAUUCAAAUUACAAGACAGGACUCCACCAUUACCAUCAAGAUCAGCGGAGGAUGAGUUUGACAUCCAUUGUGGCGGUGGAGUCUCCUACUUCAUCUAGUGACGCUCCCAUUAGGAGAACCAUUGAUCUUGGCCAUGGAAGCGACCUCAUAUACAUUCAGAGGUUUCUUCCCUUUCAACAAUCUUGGACUUUCUGUGAUUAUCUCGACAACCAUAUCCCUUGGACCAGGCCCACCAUUCGUGUCUUUGGCCGGUCUUGCCUUCAGCCGAGAGAUACUUGUUAUGUUGCAAGUAGCGGAUUGACUGCGCUGGUGUACAGUGGAUAUCAACCUAAUGCUUAUUCGUGGGAUGAGUUCCCACCUCUCAAGGAGAUUCUGGAUGCUAUUUACAAAGCGCUUCCUGGUAGCAGAUUCAACAGCUUGCUGUUAAAUAGGUACAAAGGUGCCAGUGACUAUGUUUCUUGGCAUGCAGAUGAUGAAAAGAUUUAUGGUCCAACUCCUGAAAUUGCUUCAGUCUCGUUUGGAUGCGAACGUGAUUUUGUCUUGAAGAAAAAGAAACACGAAGAAUCUUCAGGAGAGAAUACAACAGGGGACGGUGGACCGGCAUUGAAGAGGUUGAAGAAAAGCAGCAGGGAGAAUCAUCAACAAAGUUUGACAUUGAAGCAUGGAUCGUUGCUAGUGAUGAGGGGAUACACUCAAAGGGACUGGAUUCAUUCUGUGCCAAAGCGUGCAAAGGCAGAGGGCACUCGUAUCAACCUCACCUUCAGGCUUGUUUUGUAAUCCGAGGCCAUCAUAGACAAGAAUGUGGGCUUGAUUUUGUUGAUCUCCAUUGACAUUGACUAGGCUUCUCUUAUUAAUUACAUUAUGUAUAAAAACACUAAUCGCCUAAUUGGUGUAGACAUUAUUUCAAGAAGCUUUACUAAACCGAAAUGUUUUGGAUUAAACCAUUGGUUCGGGUUGGACAAAACCUAGUUGGUCUUCUUUGA